CCAUUGGCGGCGGCGGGAAAGGGUGGCGGACUCAAGGCGCCGUGCCGCGCACCCGACGAGGCUUCCUCGGCCUCGACGCCCUUCGCCCGCUCCAGGAGCAGGUCCUGAUACUGCUGGAGUAUGCAAGAUAUGAAACCCUGUUUUCUUGGAGGUGUGCCUUAAGUAUCAAACAUCUUAAAUAAGAAAAGGGAAACAUUUUCAAUUUUGACUGUCAGAAUGCCAAGGAGAAGGAAAAAUCUUGGGGGAAGUCCGUUUCGGAAGACUGCAAACUCUAAGGAAGUUGUAUCCAGUGAUGCUAGUCAUGAGGAGCCAACCACUACUCUUCCUUCCACGUGUGAGAUCCAAGUUGAUCAGGACGAACUCUUCACCAGUAUUUCAGAGAUGUUUUCUGAUCUGGAUCCGGAUGUAGUAUAUUUGAUGCUUUCUGAAUGUGAUUUCAAAGUUGAAAAUGCCAUGGAUUGUCUAUUAGAAUUAUCUGCUACUGAUGCCAAGAAAGAAGAAUCAUUUUCAGUAAACUUACUAGCUUCUGAGAACCAAGAGAGUGUAGCAGGAAGUGAUAUAAUGGAAAAGUGUCCUGAAAACAACAAUAAGGAUUCAAAAAUGUAUUCUGUUUUGGAUAUGCAGCUAACUGAAGACCUUGAAUGCUUCGUAGAGAAUGCUUUUGAGACACUGGACUCUUCUCCUGAAGGCCAAGUGUCCUCAUCUUUGCCUUUGCAAGAUGUUCAUAGUUUGAGUGACCCAAGUGAGUGUAUAAAUUCAGAUUCAAGUAGUGUGACUCCCAUUCCUUCUGCACAAAAUAAGGAUUUGAACAAUGAAAUUUUAGAGAGUUCUGCCUCUACAUUUAGUUUAAACUCCUUAACUUCACAUUCAGUUUUGAAUGAGUCCAAAAGUUUCUUAAAGGAUAACACAUUGACAUUGGAAGAUAACUGUCCAGCAGAUUCCCUUGUAAAUAGUUCUUUAAAUGUAGCAAAUGACUGCAUCCUGGGUUGUAGCAAUCUCAAUCAGAGACAGGAAAAGCUUUUAGAAUCUGAGUGUGCUGAGACUCAGUUCUCUCAAGCCUCUGUAGACUUGGAUGCCAAUGAAUCUCAGGCUCCUUUAAAUCUUUCUGUGCAAAAUCCAGAGCUUGAUUUACUGGGUGCAGGCGGGGAUCAAAAAUCUAUUUCUACUCCCGAUGUGUUAGUACCUUCUGAAGGGUUCAUUUUCAAGCAGCACAAACCUACUGAACUGCCACCAAAGGGGAAGGAUGUGAAUUGCUGUCCACUUUUUACCCCUCUCCCUUUACUACUGCCUCCUUGUUCACCUUCACAAUUUUGGAGUCCAAUAGUUCCUGCUUUUGACCCAUUUCAAGGAAACCAAGGGUUUGUAACUCCUGUUGUAAACACAGCUACACAUUGGAGACCCGUCAGCUACAUGUUUCCAUCCCCAGUUAUUUCUCAUACUUCCCGAACCAAGGUAUGGAGAAAUAAAGAAGGAACAAGUGCUUAUCAAGUACAAGACACUCCCGUUUCUCACGGUGUAAGAAAGAAGAAAACAUCUUAUGUUGGACUAGUUCUUGUUCUUCUCAGAGGGCUUCCGGGAUCAGGAAAAUCUUUUUUGGCAAGGACUUUGCAAGAUGAUAAUCCAGGUGGAGUCAUUCUUAGUACUGAUGAUUAUUUUUACAUAAAUGGACAGUACCAGUUUGAUGUAAAAUACUUAGGAGAAGCACAUGAAUGGAACCAGCAUCGUGCAAAAGAAGCAUUUGAGAAGAAAGUAUCUCCUAUAAUAAUAGAUAAUAGAAACCUACAGGCAUGGGAAAUGAGACCAUAUGUUGCUUUGUCUCAAAAACAUAAGUAUAAAGUCCUUUUCCGGGAACCAGACACGUGGUGGAAGUUUAAACCAAGGGAACUUGCAAGGCGUAAUAUUCAUGGGAUAAGCAAAGAAAAAAUAACAAGAAUGUUGGAACACUAUCAACGUUUUGUUUCAGUGCCAAUAAUCAUGAGUUCUUUGGUUCCAGAGAAAAUUGAGUGUGUUGAGUUAUGUGUAUAUUCUUGUGAGGACAGAAGUACUAGCCCAAAAGACAACGAAGAUACUACCUCUGCAGAAGAAGAAAAUGUUUUAUCCUCGUCUUUGAAGCACCUAGAGUUAACUGAAGAAAAGACACUUGAAGUGACAAAUGAAACUGUGUUACCUGAGGAUGUUUCAUUUCUCCUUAAUGCAGAUUUAGACAAAGGAAGAAAAGAAAUAAGUGGUAUGAAUCAUGACAUUCAGAGUGCUUUCAUACAGGAAAGUCCAGACAUGUGUUUUUCCGACUCUGAAAGCAAAGUACAGGUAAUAGACAAAAUAGAAAAAGAAGAGCAAGUAGAAAUGGCUUCUGAAAAACAAUGUAGUAAAACUGAUGUAGAUAGUUCAGUGGAGACAGUAUCACUGAGUAUUUACUAUGAUGAAAAUAAGCAAGAGGACUGUAAUCUUGCAAAGACUGUACCACUUCAAAACGAAAAAUUUUUACCGGGUGAAGUACUGGAGGAAAGAACAACAGUAAAGAAAAAAGCCUUUGGGAAACAAAAAGGCAAAUCAGCUUUGGAAAAGUUCCCAAGAGAUGAGCUAUCAGAUUUUGUUGGUGACUGGCCAGUUGAUAAGACUAUUGGUCAAAGGACAAAAAGGAACCGAAAAACUGAAAAAGCAUCAUCUGUACAAAGUGACAAAAAGUAUAAUUGCCCUCAGUCAUGCAAAGUAUUAGGUGAUAGUGUAUCUCUGGAUAUAGAUUGUAUCCAGCAACGAAGAUCUCCGCAUGAUAAUGUAGAAGAAGACAUGAAGUCACAGUGCGAUGAUGCUUCAGAAUCCUUCAGUAGUUGUAAAUAUAUUUUUACAAAUACUGAAAAAAUUAUGUCAAACUCAUUCAAGAUUGUGGCUGACUGGCCUUCAUCUGAUUCGGCUGACUGGCCUUCAUCUGAUUUAGCUCAGAGACAGCGCAGAUCAAGAACGCCAAAGGCUCGUUUCAAUGAACCUGAUCUAAAAUUUGGAAUCAGAGACAAUAUGAGUGAAAUGUCCUUGUAUACAGCACACGAGGCCUGUUGGGGCACAAGCCCUGAAGAACUAAAAACAUUGGGUAGCUCCUGUCUAGGUAGUUCUGAAAUGCUGUCCAGUGAAAUGACCUGGGAGAAUAAGAUUUGUCUAAGUGAAAAGAAUCAUGGGCAACAUGCAUUGUGUCUGUCUUUUACCAAUAGUGCGCCCAUUGUUUCUGAAGUAGCGGAGCCACAAAUUUUAGCUGAAUUUCCAGAGGGAAAGUCUAAAGGAGUCCCUGGAAUAGAAAUCGGCUUGUGUACCCAGACUGAACCUCAGGAUUUUGCUCUCUUAUGGAAAAUAGAAAGGAAUAAAAUUACUGUUUCGGAUUCUGUUAGAGUAUUAACAGGAAGACUAGAUGGAUUUAAACCGGAAGCCUUCAAUAUUAACACAAAAUCAGAUGUUCCAGAAACAAUUCCGUAUAGGGUGAUGCAUGACAAAAGCACAUAUGUUGAAGAAAGUGAGCUUACCAGUGCUGAUGAAUCUGAAAAUCUUAAUAUUCUUUGUAAAAUAUUUGGAUCCUUUUCAUCAGAAGCCCUGAAAGACUUAUAUGAGAGGUGUAACAAAGAUAUUAUUUGGGCCACAAGCCUUUUGUUAGAUUCUGAAACUAAAUUAUGUGAGGAUACUGAAUUUAACAAUUUCCACACAUCAAAUGAUGGAUCACAAACUGGGCCAUUUUCUCUGGGGUUAGAUCUGAAGGAAAUUAUUAGCCCAAGAGAGACGUUAAAGGGUUCUAAUUCUGUUUCGGAAUUUAGGCAUGGAAUUGAUAUCAGUAACGCUAAUGCGAAGCAUGCCUGUGAUGGGGAAAAGGGAAACUCAGAGCAGGCAGAAAUAAGGGCUUUAACUCCUACAGCUGCUGUAGAUCUAAAGAAUGCUAGUGAACCACUCUCUAAUAGUCAGGGAGAAUUUUCAGGUACUACCACUAAAGAUGUGAGUGAAAUGGAAAAAAGUCCAGUAGCCACAGAGGAUGGAGACAGUAUGCAUUCUUCUUUGAAUUGGUCUGAUAUUUUAAACUCUGUAUCAAGCACUUCAAAUCUCAAAUUACAUGAAGAAGUUUAUUUUACUGACCCUUUUGAGGUAAAGAAAAAUGAAAAUCUUUCAAAAGAUAGCGUGGAAUUUCAGAUACACGAAGAAUUUAUGGAUGAAGAUAUGCAGGAAAUGGAGAAAAUUCUAAUGGCAGGGAAUAGUUGGUCACCUGGAGUUAGUGAAGAAGAUAAAACUGAGAUGUUGAAUCCCACUCCAGUGAUGGCCAAGUCUCUGACCAUAGACUGUCUGGAACUGGCAUUACCCCCUGAGUUGGCAUUUCAACUCAGUGAAUUAUUUGGCCCUGUUGGUAUUGAUUCAGGGUCUCUAAGAGCUGAGGAUUGUGUGGUUCAUAUAGAUCUGAAUCUGGCUAAAGUGAUUCAUGAGAAAUGGAAAGAAUCUGUAAUGGAGAGACAACGACAAGAAGAAAUAUCCUGUGGCAGGCUUCUAGGAGAUCCUUCUCUGUUUGGGCAUAUUGAUAAUCCUGAACAAAAAUCAUCUCAAAGAACAGGCAAAAAAUUACUGAAGACUUUAGCAGCAUCUGAAAUGCUACCCUUAUUGGAUCAUUGGAAUACACAAAAUAAAAAAGUGUCACUCAGAGAAAUAAUGUCAGAAGAAAUUGCCAUACAGGAAAAGGAGAAUUUGAAAAGGGAGUCCCCUAUGUUUGAAAAAGGUUUUGCCACCAAACUGAAGGGGAAGCAACUCUUCGAGAUAUUUCCAGCCAUUAACCAAAAUUUUCUGAUGGACAUUUUCCAGGACCACAAUUAUUGUUUAGAACAAACAGUGCAAUUUCUAAACUCUGUUCUUGAAGGAGACCCUGUAAAAACAGUUGUAGCACAAGAGUUUGUUCACCAAAAUGAGAAUGUCACCUCUCAAACUGCACAGAAGUCUAAGGAGAAAAAGGCAAAGAGAUCAAAAGAGACUGAAGAUAUACCAAGCGAACCGUCUACCCAGGAUUUUGAAUACCCAGUGUAUGAUGACUACAGGGCAGAGGCUUUCUUGCACCAGCAGAAGAGGAUGGAAUGCUACACCAAGGCAAAAGAAGCUUAUCAAAUGGGGAGAAAAAAUGUUGCCACUUUUUAUGCCCAGCAGGGUAGUCUCCAUGAGCGGAAGAUGAAAGAAGCCAAUCACCUUGCUGCUGUGGAGAUCUUUGAGAAGGUCAAUGCCUCCCUGCUGCCACAGAAUGUGUUAGACCUCCACGGGCUGCGUGUGGAUGAAGCUAUAGCACAUUUGAUGACAGUUUUACAGCAGAAAACUGAAGAAUUUAGGCAGAAUGGCGGUAAGCCCUAUCUCUCUGUGAUUACGGGCAGAGGAAACCACAGCCAGGGAGGCAUUGCUCGCAUCAAACCAGCCGUCAUUAAAUACCUCACAAACCAUAGCUUCAGGUUCUCCGAAAUUAAACCAGGGUGCUUGAAAGUCAUGCUAAAGUAAAAUAAGCAUCCUUGACUGAGGAAUGUGAAGGUUUGUAGGUUAAAAUUAGUUUUACUUGCAGUAAUUCAGUCAAUUUUACUGUAAACAGAUGCGUUCUUAGAAAAUGUCAGUUGUAAAACAGAAAAAAAUUUGUUUUUCUCAAAAUUCAAGAGAAGUUUAAUUUUUUUACUGAAUCACAUGCCAAAUAUGUUUCCUGUUAAAAAUGUUAAAGAGGGUUUUUAUUGAUCAGAAAAUGUCUGUGAAAAUUAUCAGCUACAGUUUUAAAGUUUUAUGUCCUCUAAUUCUUUCAGAGAGAAAAUAUUACCUUUGUAUUACUUGUCUGACAUUUAGUAAAG